UAUAUUUUAUAGAUUAUUUUUUAUUAAGUUUGCUGAUAGCGAGUACAUUUAUUAGGAAUAGUAAUUAUUUUUGUAUGGAAUUGAUAUUUUUAUUAUAAUCUUUGGCAUCUUGUUAUAUCAUGGGUUCUGUAGAAGAUAGUAUUAAAUUCACAUCACCUAAGAUGUAUGGUUGUAUGCAUUUAUAGGUUAGAUGUCAUUUUCAGUCUCUUGUGAUGUAUUUCAAAGUGUUAAAAGCUCUAUAAAUGAUCAGAAUUUUAUAAAUAUAACAUUAUUAAUGUUCAUUUAUAAAAAUUAUUGUUUAAUAGUUUAUUAGUUAUAUAAAAACUUCAUUUAAUGGAUUCUGAUAAAAAACCAUUGAUAAAAGAUUUUACACCUAACCCAUAUAGUGUAAAAUAUAAUGAUAUUGUAGAUCAUUUGUUAAAAGAAUCAGUCGAAGAUUUUGAAAAGAGCGGAAAAUUUUCAGAUAAAAUAUUGUUAAAUUUAUAUAAUAUUUUUGGUACGGUGUUUGAAAGGGCAUUAGAGUUGUACGAAGAAAGACGUGUAACACAUAUCUCUUCGUCAGCACCAAUCGUUAAAGGAGACUGCUAUAAUAGAAAUAAUGCUCGUUGGUUGUUACAAGUAAAAGGUUUUUCAGGAUCCAUAUAUACACUUUUCCCUGAAAUAAAUUUUUGUACAUGUCUUUCGUUCAGGAAUCAAGUAAUAGAUAAUAGAGUAAUAUUUACUUGUAAACACGUUUUAGCCAGUUGGUUAGCUACAAUCGAUAAGGAAAAAUUAUUGUAUCAACAAAUUACCUCGCAACAGUUUCAACAUUUUUUAUUGUAUCAAUCUUUUUGUAAUCAUAAUGCUACAUGUUUCGCUACAGAAAACGGAUUAAAAAUAACCGUUGAAGAUGCCAAAUGUAUGCAAGCAAAUGCUUACAUUUCAAGACCUCUUUUUGUAGAAUAUUAUUUAAAAGAGGACGGUACUGGUAAUCCAUUGAGCAUACUUAUUGAAGAAAAUGGUGUUAUAACAGAUUGUUCGUUGAAAACUCAGAAUCCAGAAAGUUUAUUAGAUUUUCAUUUAGAAGAAGAGAACGUUUAUAGUAGAGUCGUGUUAAAAACAGAAUUAUUAAAGGAUAUUUUGAAUGAACUUGAUCCAACGAGUGAGAUAAUAGAGUUAUUAUUGUCUCCCGAGGAACCGUUCUUUAGAAUAAGCACUAAUGGGUUAGCUGGCAUAUGUCAUAUCGAACUACCUCAUGAUGGAGAUCUGAUAGAAAAUUUUAAAUGUAAUACUGCAGCUACAACUAAAUAUAAGUUAGCACAUAUUAAGCCAGCAAUGAAAGCAUUAUCUCCCGCUUAUAAAGUAUCUUUAAGAACGGACACUUGUGGAUUAUUAUGUUUUCAAUACAUGAUCAAAACUGAUGAAGGCAGUGUGAGUUACGUGGAGUAUUAUAUUUCUCCAGUAAUAGAUCUGGAUAAACAAGAAUAAUAUUAAUAAAGGAUUCCUUUUUUUUAUUUUUAUAUAUAAUAUAUAUUAUUUUAUACA